AAAAAAAAAAAAGUGAAAAAGAACAACAACAACGAAGAAUACGAAAACAAAAAGUGUAAAGUUCGUACAAAAUAGCAAGUGUUGUUCUUCUUUAAAAAGAGAGGUCAAGUUACUGGAUUUCAAUAUUAUUUUACGUAAAACCGUAACAAAUAACGCAGGAAAACUUACCUCAAAUAUCGGCAAAGAUCUUGAUUGAAAGAUCUUUACCGUUGCAACAGUUAGUUAGUCACAUGUUGGGAAAAGGAGACCUUGAAAGCCCAUAGCAUAACAUAAAAACGAAUGUUUAUCCCUACACUGAGAAGCAUUAAAAGUAAUUGUGUCACAAAAUAACUAAAAAAAGGGAAAGAGCAAAAAGAAAGGAAACAAAAUGUCCGUACGUACUAAAGUUCUGGGCAUGGUAGAUGUUAUGAUGCGAGUUCCCCCAAUAUUAGUUAUCGAUGAAAUACUCAAAAUAGGCAUGGGACUGCCCAGUCGUUCCUAUACAGACAAAAGUGUGGAUAAAGGUGGCGGGGCGAGCGACAUCAGCAGUUUCCAUCAUCAAUCCUCAAACAAUAGUAUAGAUGCGGCGGCCGGCACCGACUCAAUUAGCAACUUUGAUAUGUUUACUCAAGUAACGAAUGCAUCGCUGGAAAAAGCCAUAGAUAAUGCUUCGACUGCCGCCAUCGCUGGCGGUGUGCUGAGUAGUUCUUUUGGGAAUCUUAUAGAUGAAUUAGCAAAAGAUUCGUAUUUGUCUGAUUUAUUGUCAAUAACUUCGAUAAAAUUUGUAAUCUGCGUACUUGGCUUAUUCUGUGCUUUAGGUAUAUUUAUGUUGUGGACCCGGCAUUUGGUAAUGGUGUAUAUGUUUGUCAUAUCGUUGGGAUUAACAUUUUUAUCGCAUUGGUCCAAUGUGUCGGCUUUAGCGCUAAUGGAAAAUAACUCCUGCAUACUAGAAGAUAUCUUGUCAAUGAAUACGACCCGACUCCUGGAUACAGGCGGUGUUGCGGUAUCUUUAUUACCGCACUUGGUGGCUCAAUGGUUUAUGGGCAUGUUGUUCGCCUACAUUCAUUUAGGACCGCGCUAUUCCAUACUACAAAGGUCUAUGCCUUUGAUCUUUGCUAGUCCUAUACUGUUAGCAACAUUACCGCUUAAAAUGCGUAUCAUUAAAUAUUUACCAAUCUUGGCUGCAGCUGUACCGUUACUGUUAACGAAAAUCACGAUUAUGAGCAGCGGCAUGGAAGCGGGUAAAACUGUUUACAAUGGUUAUCAAUUUGCUACAAAUUUCGUGUCCAAUUUCGGGUUAUCAGCUUUAAUUGAGAAUGAAUGGCAACGAUUGAAUGUGCCUAGUGUGUUACGGGUAUUUUGGACAAUAAGAAUUACUCAGGAAUUUCUUGGCUUAGUUUUAAAUGAUCAAGUUAACGCAAUGAAUUUGAUACCAACAUCUCAGAAAUUGCUCGUCGACGGUUGUGAAACGUUAACGGCCGUCUUGGGUAUGACUUCAAUUAUUUCGGUGAUUUGCCAUUACAUAGGCAAAGCAUUUCAAUGGUAUCUGUUGACUUUCGAAAACGAUGAAGAAAAAUCAUUAGGUACCGUUUCAGCGGUACUGUUUUACAUAUUGGCUUUACAGACUGGUCUAACGUCUUUAUCACCCGAUAAACGCUUCGUACGUUUAUGCCGCAAUCUAUGUUUGCUCUUUACCGCUUUAUUGCAUUUUCUGCAUAAUAUUGUUUCUCCGAUUUUAAUGUCAUUGAGCGCGGCACGUAAUCCAUCACGAAAGCGUCAUUUUCGUGCUUUAACGGUAUGCGCUUUUUUAAUAAUUGCUCCCAUCGUUUUAUUAGUGACAUUAUGGAGUCGCCAUUCACCUUCAACGUGGCUCCUCGCUGUUACCGCAUUUUCAGUUGAAGUUGUUGUAAAGGUUUGCGUGUCUUUGGCAACCUAUUCAUUAUUUCUCUUGGAUGCUCGCCGUCCAUCGUUUUGGGAAAAACUUGAUGAUUAUCUGUAUUAUGUACGAGCGUUUGGUAAUUCUGUUGAAUUUUGUUUUGGCAUUUUAUUAUUUUUUAAUGGUGCUUGGAUCUUAAUCUUUGAAUCUGCACAAAAUGCUACAGGCGGCGCGAUUAGAGCCAUCAUGAUGUGCAUACAUGCGUACUUCAAUAUCUGGUGCGAAGCCCAAGCUGGUUGGUCCGUAUUUAUGAAGCGGCGUUCGGCGGUGCAUAAAAUUUCCGCUCUGCCAGAAGCGACGUCCGCCCAACUCCAGGCUUUCGACGAUGUUUGUGCCAUUUGUUAUCAGGAAAUGUAUUCUGCCAAAAUAACACGUUGCCGUCACUAUUUUCACGGGGUUUGUUUGCGUAAAUGGUUAUACGUGCAGGAUCGAUGUCCGUUAUGCCACGAAAUUAUGAUGUACACAGACAGACGUGAGGAAAGUGAAGCUGAUCGAGCAGUUCAUCAGCGUCAUCAAGAACAAGCAGCAGGUUUAGCGGCGGCGGCGGCGGCGGCGGCAGCGGCAGCGGCAGCAGCUCAAAAUAGUGAAGAUAAUAGCUUAUCAGAAGCAGCGGAGAGUUCUUCAAAUACACCCAGUAUGGUUACGGUCAGCACCAGUGUUUCUGGCGCUAAUCUAAAUUCCGAUGAAGGCUUCGUUACAAUUACUAAUACCAUGAAUUCAAAUUCAAAUAGCUCAACCUCCUCGACGGCUGCGGCUGCCACAUUUGCCACAGCGGCAGCCAGCAACACUACACAUAGUUUUCGAUUUUCACGUAACCUUGGGAUGCAGGAUUAAGUUAGAUAUUUGUACAUAUAUAUACGUUUAUACAUAAAUAAUUAUUUCUUCUAACUACUACUAGUGUGUACUUAUAUAUAUG